AUGAGGGUUUUUUCACUCACUCACUCCAGAGCUGUGUGCACAAGCACUAGGUGACCCAAAUCAGUGCUGAAGGAGGCAAAGGCGAUAGUAACAUCCCCAACGUGGUUCAUCGAGAGCAAGCCUUCAAGUAAGAGCUACACUACCCAAUUAGAGGCGAGUACCUCAUCCCUCCACAGCCAUGGCAGACGAUUCCGACAUGCGCAAUGAGCUGACGGACAUGCAGGCCAGAGCUGAUCAGCUGGGCGAUGAGUCUUUGGAGAGUACUCGCCGCAUGCUGCAGCUGGUCGAAGAGAGUAAGGAUGCUGGUAUCAGAACUUUGGUUAUGCUGGAUGAGCAGGGAGAACAACUCGAGCGUGUUGAAGAUGGCAUGAACCAUAUCAACAAAGACAUGAUGGAAGCUGAGAAAAGUUUAAAAGAUGUAGGCAAAUGCUGUGGACUUGUAUGUCCCUGCGACAAACUGAAAGGCGGUGGCCAGUCCUGGGGUAAUAACCAGGAUGGGGUGGUGUCAAGCCAGCCGGCCCGUGUGGUCGAUGAACGUGAGCAGAUGGCCAUCAGCGGAGGAUUCAUCCGCAGGGUAACAAAUGAUGCACGUGAGAACGAAAUGGACGAGAAUUUGGAACAGGUGGGAGGUAUCAUCGGUAACCUACGCCACAUGGCUCUCGACAUGGGCAACGAGAUCGACACCCAGAACCGUCAAAUCGACAGGAUUAUGGACAUGGCUGACUCCAACAAAACCAGGAUUGACGAAGCUAACCAGCGUGCCACAAAAAUGUUGGGAAGUGGCUAAAUCCAUACAAGAAGUGCUUUGUCUAAUAUUUCCCCUCCCCGCUGUACCUGCAACAGUGCACAUGUGCUUUUACCAUGGUACUCACCUGACCGGUUUGCACACAUGCACUUAUCACCCCCUCAAUGCUCUAUCUAGAAAGUGUCGUUGCGUGUCUGUCUUAACUGAUAGUCUAGUAAAUGGCCACAUUUACUCUGUAUCUUUUUCUCCAAAGGUUAAAUGUACAUAGUGCAUAUUCGAUGGCUAGAGCUCACAUGUGAAGUUUCUUCUUUUUUUUUUUUCUUUUUUUUUGUGUGUGUGUGUGUGUUGGUUUCUUUAUAUUUUUUAAAGUGUAUAUUUAUUAAAUAUAUAUACACACAAAUGUUUUGGAUGAAAUUUCUUAAAAGUUUUCAGUCGUCUGUGUGUCCAUGCUAUGUGUUUUACUCUAUAUAAGCCAUGCUUCAUAUUCAGAUGUAGCGCGACAGGAGACUAAUUAGACUGUGAGGUGCAGGAGAUCACAUGACUUAUUUCUUAUCUUAGCCUGCUAUUUUGUAAUCGCCUUUAGACAGUGUCCAGUAAUGAUUAUUCCACCUGAAGUGGUCAUAUACGUAUUCACCGUGUCACUUUCACUUGUUAUUACCCAAGUCGUUCCCGAUGUGUAGACACUACUGUACAGCAUGGGCAUGGUCAGUACAUGCAUUCAGUUUGAAGUAUCACAGUUCUGCAUCAUCACAAUAGUGCCACUCUUUUUAUUUCUGUACAUCUGCAUAAAUGUGUCAGUUGUUGUAAAAUAAGUAUAAGAAAUGCCAAUAAAAACUAAACAAACCUAAA